AAAAGGAUAAUAAAUUUACACUUAACCUAAAACACCAAUACUGUCAGAAAAAUAUUAAUUUAAAUGCAACAUGGUAAAUGUUAUUAAAGGAAUUUUAGUAGAAUGUGAUCCUGCUAUGAAACAGUUCCUCUUACACUUGGACGACACUCAAGCUCUGGGAAAAAAAUUUAUCAUUCAAGACUUGGAUGAAAAUCAUUUAUUCAUAUCAGCAGAUAUUAUUGAAACUCUACAAGCUAAAGUUGAUGACCUUAUGGAUCAGAUUUCUUUUCCUUUAGCAGACAAAGGAACCUAAGCAUUUAAUUAACUGUUUUUAUUAUAAGUAUUAAUAUUUAGUUGAUAAUUUAAAUACUACACUAAGCUAAAAUGAAAAUGGCCGGUAGAGAAUCUGGUAGAAUUAAGGAUGCUUAUCAAAAGCGAAUGCUUGAUGAAGCUGCGCGUAAAAGAAGGCAAAGAAAAGCUUUAGAAGCUUUGGAGCAAGAUAAUUUUCAUGAUGACCCUCAUGCAGAUCUUGGUA